CAUUAGAAUGGCAUAAUAAUAGAUUAACAGAUGCAAUGAAAUCAGCUUCUCUUCUCAUUUCUUUACAUAUAUAAUUUUUUCCUUCCUUUUGAUCUGGAAACUUUUCUUGGUGCUUUGAUGUACUGGCCUGGCUUGGCCUUUUCGAGCCUUUUGCUGCCGUCGUAUCAUGUGCUAGCUAACAACCGGAUUAGGGAUGGCAACCAAACUCGAACCCACGGGUACCCACCUGACCCAACCCGAUCAACGCGGGUAAAAUCCGUGUUGACGGGUUUUGGGUCGGGUUUGGGUUUAAACCCGUUCACUAUUCACCGGGUUGGGUUUGGGUUUAGGUAAACCCGACCCGUGGGUACCCACCCACACAUAUAAUUAAUUUUCUCGAUAUAUUUAAUAUUUUAAACAACUAAUCUUAUUUAUGUUUGUGGAAACAUGUCUAAUUUUUUCUUUCUAAUUGUGUAGAAUGAAGUUUGUGUUAUCGAGUGGAGAAUGAAGAAACUUAAUUGAAAGGAAGAAGCCUUCAAUUAAUAUGUUAUUUAUGGAUAAUUUAUGAUUUACUUCAAUUUUCUUGAGUUUUCUAGAUUGGUGUUGAACAAUUUGUAUAGUUAAUUUGUGAUUUGUUUGAAUUUUCUAGAAUGGUGUUUUAAAUAUGGAUAAUUUGUAUUGAGAGAUUGAUAUUUGACUUUAAUUUUGAUAGGAACAUGUUAUUGUAAAUUUUUUACGACAAAAACCCGUGGGUACCCAUGAACCCGCGGAUACCCAGCGGGUUGGGUUGGGUUUGAGUUUUUCAAACCCAGUGGGUUUUACCCCGGAUUUUUUUCACGGAUAAACCCAUGGGUUUGAGUUUGGGUUUGGCAAAACCCGACCCAACUCGACCCAUUGCUAUCCCUAAACCGGAUGCUCAAGUUAAGCAACUUCAGUUAAGGAAAAAUAAUUACCCUCUUUGUUCACUGCAUAUUGGUAGUCAUGAAGUGUGUUUCAAGUCACUGGACAACCCCCAAAUCAACGACUUUUCCUUCAUUUUUUUUAUUUGUUAUUUUUAGAUAAGAUACAUUUGAAUAGUUAAAUCUUUAACUCUUAUGAUAUAGAUGGUUUUUUUCUUUGAUAAGGAAAAAUUUAGUUACAUUUAGAAAUAAAUUUGUUUGACAAAUUUAGUCAUUUUCAUCAAAUAUCAGUUUUCGAUCUAAUUCAUCGAUCGGUCAAUAUAAUUUUAUCUUGAAGAAUCUAACAAAUAUAUCUAGUUUUGAUAAUAACGAAUCUAACCGAUUACAACGUACUAUACUAUGUCAGUGAUCAAUCAAUAUAAUUUUAUCACAAUUUUAUUGUUUCACAUAUACGGCUUGUGAUUAUAUAUUUUUAAAUCAUCCAUACUCUCAUGUUAGUUUGUGAUUUUGUUUGAAUCCCUCUAAUAACAUGAUCUACUUUCAAUAUGUGUGCAAUAGUCAAAACUGUACAACUUAAUUAAGUUACAUGAUUCUUGGAUGUGUUGCAACUUUUAAUAGAGAGUACCAAAUAAAACUAUGAUCCAAAUGGACUAUAAAAUUAUGAUAACUUUUACAUUUUUGUUUAAUGAUAAUUUAUGGAUGAUAAUAUUCAUCAUACUUAAAAUUUAAAUUUCAAACCCCAAAAAUCAUCUAGAAAGACCAUACAAUAAUAAACUCAAUUUUAACUCAAAUUACAAAUAAUGGACACACAAACCUGAGAGAUUAAUCUGAUAACUUACUUGUACUAAACCCCUUUUUUAGGCAACUUAUACAACAUCUACUAUCAAAAAUAUACUAUUGAGAAAAAGACCCAUAGCAUUUUCAUGAGUGGGACAAAACUUCACCAACUCCAUAACCAUCACCUCCCUUAUAUAAGAAACUAACCCUUAACAACAAUUAAGCUACCUCACAAGAACCAUAAACCUCCCUUCACCAACACAAACCAUUUUACCCCCUCAAAGAAACUUUCCACCUUUCAUAUCCCUCCCAACCUCUUCCUCUCUAACCCACUUAGCUUCCCCCUGCAAAGAUGGCGAGCUCUGCCUCAUUCGCCACAUCUCUAGCCCUCAUUUUCUGCCUCGUCGGAAUCUCUCUUCCGACCACCACACUAGCCACUACUUACACCGUCGGCGACACCAGCGGCUGGGCAAUCGGCGCCGAUUACACCACAUGGACCGCCGGCAAGUCAUUCAAAGUCGGCGAUUCCCUCGUGUUUAAUUACCCCGGCGGGCACACGGUGGACGAGGUGAGCGCUAGCGACUACAAAACGUGCACGGUGGGGAACGCCCUGAAUUCCGACAACAGCGGAGCCACCACCGUGCCCCUCAAGACCGCCGGCACACACUACUUCAUCUGCGGAGUCGUCGGACACUGCGGCGGAGGGAUGAAGCUCGCCGUCACCGUCGCUGCUGCUGCUGCUGGUGGUGGAUCCGCCACUCCCACUACCUCCCCUGCCUCCGGCGGCGGCGCCGAUACCACAACUACUUCCCCUGCUACCCCGGCCGCCACCGCUUCCACUACACCUAACCGCCAGGCGUCCAACUUCCCUGACUCUUCCGAGGCAGCUGACAACGUUGCGCCGUUGUUUGGAGCUGUCAUUGUGGCGGCGGCGGUGGCUUUGGUGAUGGUUUCGUCGUCGUGAGAGAGUUGUUGGGUGGACGGCCAGGAUAGAGGCAGUGCUCUGUUUUCUUCUCUGUUUCAUUUCCGUUGUGAUCUUUUUUUUUUAUGCUUUUGUUUUCAGUAUUUGGGUGUGCUGAGUUUGGUGGUUUAAUUAUGUUUGUUACUUUGUUAUGAAAUGAGUAGAGCGCUAGCUUAGCUAGCUAGGGAAUUCCAUGCUUUCAAAGGUGGAGAUUAAUAUAUGAUGAUGAUGCUUUGUUCAUCUUAUUUCUUCAUUCCCCCACUUUUAAUCAUCACUUUGGAUAUUUUAGUUUGAUCUUCUUCUUUAGAUGGAUAGUGGGACAGGAAAACUAUGGUACGUGUUAGGUUGCUAGCCUUGGCGCAUGAGUGAUUAUGAUUAUGGUGCCAACUAAUGCAUUUUUAGGGAUCUGUCAAAGUUAAUGAGAGUCGUUAGAUUGGAGGGAUUGUGAGAAAAAAAUUAUGGAGCUAAUACUAGUGGAAGGCAAUUUCUGAAUUCGUGAAAGAAAAUGUACCACAUCAUAGUCACUUCCCUCUCACUAUUUAUUUUUCCUCCCAGAUUUAAUUUUUGAUAGACCGUAUCUCUCGGAAAAAAUAUGAUUAUAAACCUCCUCAGUUAAAUUCUCAUGUAGAAACGCAUUGUUAAUGUCUAGCUAAUGUAUGAACCAACCACGGUGUGUAAAAAAUGAAUGAUAACCAACUUGGCAAUCGAAGCAAAUGUACCACGAUAUUCAACGAAGGCAUGCUAUGGACAGCCUCAUCAAUGACCGGAAGGUGAAAAAUUCCUCGAGACAAGAAGUUGACUGACCAAAUCAUAUAACUGAUAAGCCUUUUGUCCAGAUGAAUUAACCAAGGUAAGGUAACAUAUAUGCACCCUCCCCACACACACACUAGAUCUCAAAGAGUGAUCCACCUUUGAGCCGAAUGUUAGAAUUAGGUUGAACUCGGUUAAAAAAAGCAUGCAUACUUGUCUAUCUUCUUACUCUCUACUAGCUUGUGAUAGCUUCUUAACAUGUACACGGUCUUGCUAGUCUAAGGUUGAAGACGAUCAGUAAAUGGACAGAGCCCAU